GCGAGACUAAAGCUCAGCUCAGAGACACAGCCACUGACACAGGAGAAGACAUGGUCCUCAUCAGAACGGCAGUGUUGGCACUCAUGCUGCUGACCAUUGGCCUGUUUGCCUCCCACACAUCUGCAGUAUCUGAAUGCUGUCGCAGUUACACUCGUGGCAUAAUCCCAUGUAAUGCCAUCAAGGGUUACUCAGUCCAGACCGUUAAAGAGCUGUGUCACAUCAACGCCAUCAUUUUUUACACCAAAAAGGGCAGGGCAGCGUGUACAAAUCCUGCUCUGGGCUGGGUGAUGACCUGCGUCGACCGCCUAAGGAAUAAAGCGCAAAUGGUUCACAACAGGACCUCUCAGGCCUAGUGAGGGCAGGCUGGUGGCUGAGGAGAGCCUCUGGAGCGGGACCGCAGGGGCCCGGCAGCUCCACGUCCUCUGUCUCCGCUCCGUCUGGGACCCGCUGACCGCACCUUUAUUAUCCGCACGUUUAUGACCCGCUGACAGCUUCCCUCGGCCACAAAUACUGUAAUAUAACCAUGUGCCUGGUAAUAUGUGGACGAGCUCAGUUGUAAGAGCACUGAAGGAUGGAACUUGUUUUUUGUUGGUUUGUAUUUGU